GGAUGGCGGCCUGUCUGUAUAAAGGAGAGCCCAACCUUCUUUGUCGGUGUCACAGCUGAGUUCGCUGAGUCAGGCUGACUUCAAGCAACACUGCAACUAAUGAACAUCUGACGCCACACAACCUCAAAGACUCACGACGUGGAUUCAAGAUCCAUAAAGCUGAGCUGGCAGAGUCCUCCAGUAAGUGUUGGACAUCAGGGAGCAAAGCUGGUUGAGAUCAGGUUUACUCAAGACUGAGGAGCAGCAGGUCUAUAAGAAGAACUUUCUACUGUUACUGGCAAAUAAGUGAAACUGUGCAAAGAUGCAGGAGACAGGCUACUUCACCCAGAGGAGAGCAGCAGUGGCACUGUGCAUUGUGCUGCUAGUCUUGGCUCAGCAGGUGUGUGCAGGACCGUUGGUCCAGUCCAGCUCUGACCAGAAGGCAGAUUCAGGCGUCCACACACUGAAGAGGGUCGCUCGGAUGACCCCGCUGUGGAGGAUCAUGAACAGUAAACCGUUUGGAGCUUACUGCCAGAACAACUAUGAGUGCUCCACAGGACUCUGCAGGGCGGGACAUUGUUCCACCAGCCAGCGUUCGCUCUCAGAGCCUGUGAACUACUAGACGUCCCAGGAAAGCAACCAGCGUGUUUACAUGAGUGCACAGCCGUAAUCCUAAUGAAAGGUUGUCAUUACUGGGAUUAUGCACAUAUCCAGGCUUUUUUUUAAAAAUCGAUUUUAUAUUUAUAUGUGCCAAUACGUUGCUGAUGAUAUCUAAAUGUUUCUAUGAAUUUACACAGUAGUUAUAUUAAAGAGAAGGCAUGAAACUGCUCCACUUGGUGUAUUUCAGACAUGAGAAUACAGGUGGUGGGCUGAGGCAACGGGGUCAAGUGCAAAAAUGUGAGGAAAAGAGUCAUUUAACCUUUUUAUACUUGAUGUUUUCCAUAAUGUGAUCAUCUGAAACCAUUUCCUGGUUUUCAACAAGGGUGCAAACAACUGAAAAUACUUGUUUCUUACAGCUAUGGACCAAACUCUUUCUGAUCUCAAUGUUGAGACUUUGUGAUUCAAGGCUUUACUGGCAACAGCUCAUUGUUUGACUGAUAUCAUGACGCCAAACACCAGACAGUUUUAAAAACUGUCUGAGCGAUAAUGAUGGAUGGUGCACUGUACAGCACAGGGGAAGACUGUGAGCCUUCCAAAAGCUCCUGACCUUUAAUUUUUUCCACAUUUCGUCAUCCGUCUCGUGUCAUUUUUGAUAAGUUAUCACUUGACUGUGUGCGUAUAAACUCUUAUCAUUCCACUGAUAACGUGCCUAAUGGAAACACGUUUCUCCUUUUCCCAAGAGGGAUCAUAGGGAUUAGUUCGUAGAGUCGGACAGGCUGCCGUCGCAGUAUUUUCCCUGAUUUAGUGUUAAUUCUUUUAUUGGUUAUAGCAACAACAUUUGUAAUCUUAAACCAAGAUAUAAUAGAGAUAGAGAUCAAAUAAGAUCAAGUCUGAAAAAAAGACGUUAUAGCUGACUUUCAACCUCUGAACGCCACUUACAGUUUAGGAAUGUGCAGCACCCGAACAUAAUUUAUGAUGUAAAAUUAGCUGCCUGACAUGCUGGGAAAGCAUUUGAUUGUCAAAUGUGUUCAAGAGAAGAAAAAGAUAAAGCAAGGUAGGAAAAAGAGGGGCAUAAGAAGAGGACCAAAAGGUAAAGAGACUAUAUGAGAGGGAGCAGAGGUUACAAAGCAUUGAUUCCUUUCUCAAUCAGCAUUCAAACAUCUUUAUUUUUUUUAUUCUAGAUUUAUUCUUUUUCAAGCUGACAGAACUUUUUUUGUCCAAAUCACCAAGGUUAGUUAUGGCAACAUUAUUCGUAAAAUAUGUAAUGCAUGCGUACUGAUUUGGUGUAAUGCAGUGAUUCUCAUAUUUUAUUUAUUUUCUCCUUUGUUUAAAAAGUAAAACAUGUACCCAUUUACGUCAUUUUAUUAUUAUUUUUAAAUAUAAUAUUUGUUUAUAAUGUUUUAAUGGUUUGUUUUAGAAUAAUUAAUCACCCUGACUGAAUUUUUUCCACUUUUCCAGCGGGAACUUUACAAUAUCUACUCGUUCAGUCAAUCUUAAAUUUGUAACCAGUGACCAAUUUAAGAAACAUCUUGGCAGAGUGUACAGAUAUCAGGAGCAGAUUCAUAAUAAUGAGCUGCACAGCUUUCUUUCUUUUUUUUUUUUUUU